AUGGACCCUUGUACCAGUGCCCAGGAUGUGAUAAGAUGUGACUUGUGUGAGACCGCUAUGGUACAGAUGCACUGUGAUACAUGUCUUGUCAACAUGUGUAAGGCCUGUGUUGGUGAUCAUAUGGUAUCUGACGAAUCCCAAAAACAUGACAUAGUCAGAUUUGCUCUUAGAAAAUCUACCCCUCUCUACCCAAGAUGCACUUCUCAUGUCAAAGAACGAUGUGAAAUAGAAAUUGACAAAAUUGUCAACAAACUCAAUGCUGAAGUUGAUGAAAUGAAAAUCACACAGUUACAAAAUCUACAGAACCAUAUGGAUGGAAUUAGCAAGAGAAUAUCUGAAAUCAAGGAGGAAAUCAAUGCAGUUGAACAAAAUGUGAACUCUAAAGACAUUUCAAAGCUGUUGAAAGUUACAUCAGGUUCUAUUGUGGCAAAAUAUAGAAACCUGCCACAAAAAUUUGUAACAUAUUUGCCAAGAUUUAUACCAGAGAGAAUCGAAGGGAAAAAUCUUAUCCAACUGUUUGGAAUUUUAUCACCGAGUUCCUUAACUGCAGAUGAACAUGGGUACAGCUUGAAGACUACAGAAAAAUUACCAGAAGCUGGAUCCUCUCCUUCAGUUAAACAACUACUUGAUGAACCAGAGAUUGUCAGCACCAUAGAUAUAGAUACAGGGUAUAGACACCUUCAUAACGUGGCCUGUCUGAGUGAUGAAGAAAUCUGGACAAGUGGAAAUGACAGCACCAUGAAACUCUACAGCAUCAAUCAGGGAUCACUACUCAAGUCAAUCAAAACCAAGUCAGGGAGCAGACCAGAGGACAUAGCAGUGACAAAAAGUGGAGAUCUAGUUUAUACUGAUUAUAGUGAUAGAACU